AUGCAAGCGAAUAAAACCUAUUUUGACAGAAUAUACCUAAGAAAUUAUGAACCUGAAAUAAUAAAGCGAAUGAAAAAUGGUGAUGCCCCAUUUUUAAAUGAUCAUUUAGGGACAUUGCCUUAUCAUUGCGAUCCCUAAACCAAUUUCAAGAAUUUGCUUAAGUAAAGGACUAUUACAGCAGAGAAGACUAAAGCUAUGCAUUAUUCCAAUAAUAUAAGUCAUGAAAAAGAAGAUAGAAAAAUGAUCGACCUAGGUAAAAUAGAUGCUAAAAUGAUAUUCAACCCAGACUUUAGGUCACCUCAUAGCUUCUAUAAAACUGUGUAUUCUACAAACAAUAAAUCUUAGGAACGAAGCUUUAACUUAAACCUUAACCAAAGCUUUAAAGGAAAGAAUGAUUCUCAGGCUUGGAUUUAACAUAAUGAGUCAUUAAGAAAAAAAGACCCAUAUAUUGAUGGUUUAGAAGUAAUUGGAAAGCUUAAAAGAGACAGAUCGAAAGAUAAGGAUGUAAGUCCGAGAGAAUUUUAUGUGAACACCUCAACUUUAAAUACAACAAUGGAGGCUUAGAAGCAUAAUUUAAAGUCACUCAGACAACUUGAAAUAUAAAAGUUAAAUCAAACACUUCAAAAAAAUAUUUCUUCAGGUAUCGCCCUUGAAAAAUAGAGUAGCUUUUAUUAGAGUGGCAGUAUAAGAAACAUGCUAAAUUAAACAUAAUCAAAUAUUACAGGCAGUAAGAACAAAAUAAACUAUGAUUCAGUGCAGAGUUUACAAAACUCAUCGUUUGUUGAGAAGCCAAAGCCUGAAAACAUGCUGAUCUAAAAAUAUAUUAACCCUUAAAAUAACAAAUUCAAAUCAAUCGCUGCUAUUGAUAAUACCUUGAAUGAGUCUUAAUCAAAAAUUUACUUUAAAAGCUUAGAGACUAGUUCUUACUUCCAUAAAAAUAAGGUACAAUAGAAGCAAAAAAUUGAAGAAGAAUUGAGUCAGCUAAAGAGCAAGACUGCUCUUGAAUUUAAAUAGUUAAUGCCCUAUGCGGCUAAUAUAUAAAAAGAGAGAUCAAGUCUUUUGGCUAAAAGAAAGUCAGUAGGACCAGAGAUGAAUAUUAUCAGUGUUCAAAGUCAUCAUUCAAUAAGCAAUAGUUUUAAUAUUAAUAAUGUUCUGAAGGGGAAUCAUCAGAUUAACUAAAGCAAUGGAGGUAUGAAUCCUGUAGGACCAGUCUCAGAUGAGUCUAGAAUUAACUAUUCUAUGAUAUCGCUAAAAAAUGAUAAUAAAAUGAGAUUUGCUACUCCAGGGCGUGGAAUCCAAAGCGAAGAUAAUUUGGAUUCUUAACCGCAGAAGAUAAAUUUAAGGCUAAGAACUGCUUUGACAAAGGAAAGAUAAAAAAACUCUUAAUUUAAAAGUUUUGCAAGAUGA